CUUAAUUGAAACCUAGUUUUUGAUUUUAAUCCGCAUGUCCACAUAUAUUGCACUGUAUUUCCUUGUUUUCUUAAUGCUAGUUCAAGAGUGAUGUAAUAGUAUCCAAAUUUUUGAGUGCAACAUAAGAACCUUGUCAAGUAUUUUGGUAUCACCGAGAAUGCAUAUUUGGACUAAUUUUCUCUUUGCAAUCUCCAAUGGAAAGCCAAGAGAAAAUGGAUUGAUUGAACAUAGUAAACAACUAAACAAGAAUGCGGGUCACUAACUAUAUCUGUAUAAAUUGUUGAGUAAUACCAUUGUCCACAGGUUACAUUUUGCACCGUCCAUAUCGACAAAAAGAUGUGUGAAUGUAUACACGACCAUAGGGUGUAACGCUGUAUACAAAAGUUGUAUGGUAAAGAGUGCAGAGAGGCACAUACAUAUAUAUAUAUAUAUAAGAGGAGGCUUAUAGUUGGAAAUAGGAUGUUUGAGUUCGUGCGUUUGGAUUUUUGUGCGUGUUUGUGUUUUGUGCUUGUCUGAUAUCUCGUUCUGACUUUCGAUGUCUCUCACGCACACACAUGUAUACAUACACUAGUAGUAUUUGUUAUAUAUGUAGUGGUCCAUUCUACUUGUUGAUGACAUAAAUUCAUACUUACCCACACUAUUGGAGAAACUCUCUCUACUCUCUGUAGCAAAAUCUAAGCAUAGUUAAGUAGUCUUCAAUAGACCAGCAUCUCCAAUUGUUCAUCUAAUGGAGUUUUCAAUAUUGUUCGUAGCGACGCUUAUUGUCACCAUACUCUCCAACACGUUAACUCCCAGUCUUUCUCUUUGUGAUACUAGUAGUACUCAACAUGGUCAUCACCUUCAACCUCUGACUAAGAAAGUUGUCUCGUCGUCUCAUGAUCAACAAGCAGCCGUACUUCCUGGCAAGAAACAUGUUUAUACUAAACUGCCAAGGAAGCUUUUAUCCACUGACGAAUCCAUGGAUGUUAGCAAUAAUGCUGGAAACAAACCAACAACUGAUAUGUCAGAAGCCACCAAGAAAACUCAAGGAACUUUGUCAGGCAAGCGACCACAAAAUCACGAUAUAAUGGAGGGACGAAAAGGAACCCGUCAAACUUGGGUCGAGUUCGAAGAAGACGACCCGUACACAACAAGUUCAUGCCGCUCCAACACUGAAAAGGAUGUAGUUCCAAAUCCAGUUACCUAAUUCUUCCUGUUCUUUGUAGGAGAAAUAGUAUUGUAUACUAAGUAGGUGAUAUCAGAACUGUUUUUGCCUCUAAGCUACUGUUAAUGGCCGACACUAGAGAGUAAAACAAUAGAUUUGUUUUCAGCUUUUGAGGUUAAAUAUCUAAUGUUGUUAAAUUAAGUAUUAAGGUUUAAGUUAACGAUGUAGU